AUGACUCGCUGGUCCCAUCUGGCUCUCGUGCCUCUGUUACCCCAGUUGCUUGCCGCAGCACACGGUACAGAUGGAGAAGCUGACCCCGUACAACUGGGCCCACGCGCCGAUGCCGAUUACUCCUCGCCGCCGUCUUAUCCUGCCCCGCAUGGAGGCUGGGUGUCUGACUGGUCAGAUGCUUACGAGAAGGCGUACCAGGUCGUCAGCAACAUGACACUGGCCGAGAAGGUGAACCUUACCACCGGGACGGGGUUCUACAUGGGACCUUGCGUCGGCCAGACAGGAAGUGCGCCUCGAUUCGGCAUCCCGAAUAUCUGCUUUCAAGAUGGCCCCUUGGGAAUCCGGGCGACAGACCAUAUCACGGCAUUCCCGGCUGGACUCACUGUUGGGGCGACAUUCAAUAAGGAGUUGAUGUAUAACCGCGGCGUUGGGAUUGGUGAGGAGGCGCGAGGAAAGGGUGUCAAUGUUCAACUUGGGCCAGUGGUUGGUCCUCUCGGGCGGAAGCCUCGAGGGGGUCGGAACUGGGAAGGCUUUGGUGCGGACCCGACUCUUCAAGCUAUUGGAGGUGCUCAGACUAUCAAGGGCAUGCAGAGUACCGGCGUCAUCGCGACACUGAAGCACUUUAUUGGAUACGAACAGGAGAUGUAUCGGAUGAGCAGCGUCAUUACAAAGGGCUACUCGUCUAACAUUGAUGAUCGCACUCUUCACGAGCUUUAUCUGUGGCCUUUUGCGGAGGGUGUUCGCGCCGGCGUGGGUUCAAUGAUGACUGCAUAUAACGAUGUAAAUAGCUCCGCCUGCAGCCAGAACAGCAAGCUACUGAACAACAUCCUCAAAAACGAGCUUGGUUUCCAAGGCUUCGUUAUGACGGACUGGCUGGGUCACUAUAGUGGUGUGGGAUCCGCUCUUGCGGGCCUUGACAUGGCUAUGCCAGGUGAUGGUGCCGUGCCUUUGUUUGGUGACAGUUAUUGGGCUCAUGCUUUAUCUCGAUCCGUUCUCAAUGGCAGUGUUCCGAUGGACCGCCUCAACGAUAUGGUGACUCGAAUCGUGGCAACGUGGUACAAAUUCGGCCAAGAUGAUGACUAUCCUCUACCUAAUUUCUCAGCAAACACCGGUGACGCGACUGGGGAGCUCUACCCUGGUGCUCUCUUUUCUCCCAGCGGAGUCGUCAACCAAUUUGUUGAUGUCGAGGGAGACCACAACAUUACUGCCCGAGCUGUUGCGCGCGAGGCCAUUACACUUCUCAAGAACGAAGACGAUGUACUUCCGUUAAGCCGAAAUGAUUCGCUUAAAAUAUUUGGCACCGAUGCUGGGGCAAACUCUGGUGGGUUGAACUCAUGCACCGACCAAAGCUGCGACAACGGUGUCUUGACCAUGGGAUGGGGCAGUGGUUCUGCAAGCCUACCAUAUCUCAUCACACCCCAAGAGGCUAUUGCAAAUGUUUCCCAGAAUUCCACAUUCUACAUCACAGACACUUUCCCGUCCGAUGUCACAGCCAGUGCCGAUGAUAUUGCAUUGGUCUUCAUCAACUCGGACUCAGGUGAGAACUCGUACACCGUCGACGGUAACCCCGGAGACCGACUUGUCGCUGGCCUGAACGCCUGGCACAGCGGCGAUGACUUGGUCAAGGCAGCAGCGGAGAAAUUUUCUAAUGUUGUCGUGAUAAUUCACACGGUCGGCCAAAUCUUGAUGGAGGAGUGGAUUGAGCUGGACUCCGUCAAGGCUGUUCUGGUGGCCCAUCUCCCGGGCCAGGAAGCAGGCGACUCACUCGUGGACGUGCUUUUUGGAGACUACAGCCCAAGCGGCCACAUGCCGUACACGAUCCCAAAGAGUGAAUCCGACUAUCCAGAUAGUGUAAGUAUCAUCGACCAACCAUUAGGCCAGAUUCAGGACACUUUCACCGAAGGUAUUUAUGUCGACUAUCGUCAUUUCCUCCAAGCCAACAUCACUCCGCGGUACCCCUUCGGCCAUGGACUGUCAUAUACUACAUUCAAUUUCUCGAGCCCUUCACUAUCGGUAGUCACGGCACUCGACAGUACCUAUCCUCCUGCAAGGCCCACGCAAGGAGCCACGCCAACGUAUAAUGACUCCAUUCCCAACGCCUCUGAAGUCGCAUGGUCAUCAGCCAGCUUUACUCGGAUUUGGCGCUAUCUUUACCCAUACCUCGAUGACCCUCAGUCAAUCACUGCUUCGGACACGUAUCCUUAUCCGGAUGGCUACAAUACAACACAGCAGCCCGCUGUACGUGCCGGUGGUGGCCAGGGUGGUAACCCUGCCCUGUAUGACAUCGCAUUCUCGAUCGAUGUCACAGUCACAAACACGGGAAGCCGAGGAGGAAAGGCUGUAGCCCAGUUGUACGUUGAGCUUCCUUCGAGCCUGGGUCUCGACACACCAUCCCGACAAUUGCGUCAGUUUGAGAAGACCGAGGAGUUGGCCGCUGGUGAGAGCGAGACAUUGACACUUGAGAUUACUCGUAAGGAUCUCAGUGUCUGGGAUGUGGUUGUACAGGACUGGAUGGCCCCUGUUAAUGGAGACGGGGUCAAUAUCUGGAUUGGUCAAAGUGUUGCUGAUCUUCCAGUGCUUUGCUCAGUUGGUACAGGGUGCUCCGUUUCUUGA